UGAUGAUGUUCACUGUUCUGCUGCUGCUGCUGCUUGGCUCUGUGAUGGUACAGGGAGGUGGGGGAGCGGGGUCCUCAAGUCAAAACUUAGUGGUGAAAGCGGACUGUGACGCCGCUUACCUCGCCAUCCACGCCAACUACACCCUGUGUCUAGUGGACAAAGGGUCGGAAGUUCCACUGUCAGAUUCGGACAUACAAGACAUAGUGGACAAGCACAACGGCUACAGAAGUAAUGUGUCACCAACUGCAACCAAUAUGGUCAGGCUGGUGUGGGAUGACGAUAUAGCAGAGUUUGCUGCCAGUUGGGCCCGUCAGUGCACUAUAGACCAUGACGAUUACGAGGCAAGGUCUCUUGCAACUAUGCCAGGAGUGGACAUUGGACAGAAUAUAGGUGGUAACUACGCCAGUAUUAUCAAGGCAAUAGAAGCCUGGCACGAGGAGGUGGAUGAUUUUGAGCACGGCAUCGGAAACACAACAGUGGGGAAGGUUGUCGGACAUUACACCCAGGUUGUGGGGUUCAGAGCCAUCCGCAUCGGGUGUGGGGAGGCCAACUGUACAAACGCCGAGUACAGUCGUUACCAAGUGUGCAACUACGCCAUUGGACAACAGACGCCAGACGUCAAGAUUCCGUACGAAAAUGGAACUUCGUGCAGUAAAUGUCCCGAGGACAAGUGCUCCAACAACCUCUGUGAUUGUGGAGACAAGCUUUGUCUGAAUGGCGGCUCACUGGACACUAGCACCUGCUCGUGCACGUGCACCGGCAUCUGGACUGGGGACGUGUGCACUGAAAAGAAAUGUGGAACUUCGAAGAGCUGGUGUAAAUAUGUGCCGAAUAAGACCUGGUGUAAAACGUUUUCCAACAUUCCCGUGAAUUGCCCGAAAUUCUGCAAAGUAUGCUGAGCGUCGCUUCCCGUUGACCCAUACAGACCAUUUACACUGUAACGCUGAUUAACUCAGAAUAAAGGCAGUUUGUAGAAA